AGCAGAUCCGUCUGAAGACGCGCGGUUCUCGGCGUGUCUCCGUCUCUCCUGCGCGUCAACAACAGGCAGCACGCUGCCGGAGCGACGCGUCCCCGGAGCGCGUUUCACUCAAUGGGAUUUUAUAUUUAGCUCCGCGAGGGCGCCGCGGGGAGGGGAGACCCCCGACCCCUCUGUUGUCGAACAUUUCGCUCCCUCUCAGCCCCGUUCGAGACCCCCAAAACUUCAUUCGUCGUCCGUGUCGCGGUGCGCGCUAUCGGGCGAUGUGGUGGUGACGCCGCUGUGCGCUUUCGUCCGUGCGCGCCUCUCUGUGUGUUUGUGCGCGCGCGCGCGCGCGUGUGUGUGUGUGUGUGUGUGUUGGAGAGAAAAGGGGGGAUAGCGCACAUUUAUCUCCAGCUCCAGGGGAGGAAGAUGAUGAUGGCUGGUGGUGUCGGAGCUGCCGUGGACCACAACGGGAUCUACUCCAACACGAACCUCCUCGGCCUGCAGCAGCCGCUCAUGGAGGCGGACAACCCCGACUCCCGCAAGCGACCGCUGGACGCUCCGGCGGAGGAGGCCGGCUGCACCAAGCGAACCAACACCGGAGAGGAGGGCGAGUACUUCCUGAAGGUGCUGAUCCCCAGCUAUGCAGCCGGCUCUAUAAUUGGCAAAGGCGGCCAGACCAUCGUACAACUGCAGAAAGAGACCGGUGCCACUAUUAAGCUGUCCAAAUCCAAAGACUUCUACCCAGGAACAACAGAACGCGUCUGUCUGAUACAGGGUACAGUCGAAGCCCUCAAUGGUGUUCACAACUUCAUUGCGGAGAAAGUCCGCGAAAUGCCCCAGAGUGCCCAGAAACCUGAACCAGUCAGCAUACUGCAGCCACAGACCACUGUCAACCCCGACCGUGUCAAACAGGCCAAAUUGAUCGUUCCCAAUAGCACAGCUGGGCUGAUCAUUGGCAAGGGUGGAGCCACAGUGAAAGCAGUGAUGGAGCAGUCAGGGGCAUGGGUACAGCUUUCCCAGAAGCCAGAGGGCAUCAACCUGCAGGAGCGAGUGGUUACCAUCAGUGGGGAGCCCGAACAGAACCGCAAGGCUGUGGAAAUCAUAGUGCAAAAGAUCCAGGAGGACCCUCAGAGCAGCAGCUGUCUCAACAUCAGCUAUUCUAACGUCUCUGGCCCAGUGGCUAACUCCAACCCCACUGGCUCCCCCUAUGCCAACACGGCAGAGGUCCUGCCCAACGCAGCUGCAGCAGCUGCCACUGCCUCCAGCCUUCUGGGUCAGGCCGGCUUGACGGGAAUGGGUGCCUUCCCUGCCACCAUGUCCAGCUUCUCUGGCAAUGACCUGUUGGCCAUCACCUCAGCUCUCAAUACACUGGCCAGCUAUGGCUACAACACUAACACCCUUGGCCUUGGCCUCAACCCUGCAGCUGCUUCUGGGGUCCUUGCCGCAGUAGCAGCUAGCGCAAACCCAGCUGCUGCUGCUGCAGCUAACCUGCUGGCCUCAUACGCUAGCGAUGCCUCCAGUAGUGCUGGCCACCCUGCUGCAAGUCUUGGUGGGUUCUCCCUUGGUUCUCUAGCAGCUGCUACAGGGGCUUCCAAUGGUUACCUAAAUGCUUCAUCCCCACUGAUGGCCUCCUCCCUAUUGGCAACAGAGAAGCUGGGAGAUGGGGCCAAGGACGUGGUUGAGAUUGCUGUUCCGGAGAAUCUGGUUGGUGCCAUUUUGGGGAAAGGAGGGAAAACGCUGGUAGAGUACCAGGAGCUAACAGGAGCCCGAAUCCAGAUCUCCAAAAAGGGAGAGUUCAUUCCUGGUACUCGGAACCGUAAAGUUACCAUAACAGGGUCGCCAGCCGCUACACAAGCAGCGCAGUAUCUGAUCAGCCAGAGGAUCACGUACGAGCAGGGUGUGCGUGCUACCAACCCACAAAAGGUGGGCUAAAAGGAAAAAGAAGAGGAAAGAAGGAAAGGAUGAAGACAGAGAUGGAAGGGAAUUGAGAGGGCCAUGAUGAAUAGAAAAAAGAAAUGUCCAAAUAUCUGUUCAAUAUUUCAGUAUCAAAUGAGAGAAUCACAAAGGAGGAGGUGGGGGAGACAACCAAGAUAAGUGUGUGUGAUAUGUGAAUGUGUUUUAAGGACUGACGUCCUGAUGUUUUUUAAAAGUUUGUGUCGAGUCCUUUUGACGAUGGUGAUCAGAGUAAGCUGAACUGGUCCACUGCCAAGCUGCAGAUUCAAGGGUGAGGCCGCAAGGUUUCACCCUCCUCCAAAACCUCAUAGCUGUUUUAUUUGACAUUUUUUGUUUAUUUUUUGUUGGUUUUCAUUUCAGUUGCAAACCUCAGCUCCCGGUGAGUUGAGUGUGUCAGACUAAGUUUCAACCAGCUAAUAGAGCUGUUCUACAAACCUCGCUCUUUGUACACAAUGCAGAAGGCAUUGUUAACAGGGGACAGGUUUUAUGACAAGCACCUGAGGUCAUCUCAAUCUAUGGGGAAGCAAUCCAAGUAUAAUCAUGUCUACUUUCACAUACGUUCAAUUUUGGCUCAUAUCAUAAUUGAAGUUUCUAAAUUUGGGUAUUUUAUAUUUUCAUCCUUUAUUUAUUGACAUGGUCUCAUUCAAACACAAAUAGAUUAUUUAAACCUGUGAAUGCAGGUUGAUCUGAAUGUAAAAACAAUAUUAGCCUGUUGCUAUUUUUUAUUUACAGGGAUCAAACAUUGUGUUGCAGUGAAAGAAAUGUAUAACUCAAAACCAGUCUGAACUUCACUGUUGCUGUCUGCAAGAAUAGUUCAGGGGUUAAAUAAUCAAUGUGAGAGGAUAGAGGAGACACACAGGAAUGUAUAAAUAUAUUUUACAUGAACAUACAUAGAUAAUACUCCCACAAACGCACAAACACUAAAACAUACGUGCAUAUUCAGCCACAGCUACAAAUACAUAAAUAUGUUUGUUGUUUAACCCUUUCUUGGUGCUAUAGGAUUAGGUUUAUAUCUCCUUUACCAUGUAAUCAGAAUCUAAUUAGUCUAAAGGCUAAUGUCUUUACUUGAUUAAAAAAAAGGCUGAUGCGUCAUCCAGUCGCUAGUAGCUCAUUGGAUCUGACCCAGCCUCUCACCUAAUGAAAAAGGACUGAUUUCAGCAUUUCAUGGAAAGCAAUCCAGUCUCAAUAUUUGAAGUCUAACUUCACUCCCAAUGCAGACCCUUUUUCCCCUAAAUUGGACUUGACCUGACAAUAUAUUUCUCCCAGUCACACAUUUGAGAGAAAUAACCUAAAGUCUACCUUGAUGCCAUGUCUAACCAGUUCAGUUCGCAUAAGGAACAAAGCACUCAAAAGCAUUUCUGUUAAGAGAAGCUGUAUGAACCAAUAUCUGUGAACAAAGAAACGAUUGCCUUUACAUGAAGGGUACCAAAUAGUCAAGAGACAUUCGCUAAUGAAAGGGAAGUAGACUGACACUUGAAAAGAAGGGUUGGACUAACUAUUGACUAGUGAGCCAUCCUUCCCAAUUUGCAUCAAAACAACAACAAAAACCUACAAUCUUGUAGACCAUGCAGGCAGCCUGUUGUCGUUCCCAAAUCAUGUUAACACUCACCAACUUCAAGUUGAACACAUAAUAAAACAUAACAAAAUAUUUUUGGCACCAUUUGUCUGUCAUGGGCAAUUGUUUGUCCAAUGCAGGGAGGCAAAUUGUCUAGAGCAUUUACAAGCACGCAAAGAAUACCUUGGCUUCCUGCUGUGCUGCUAUCCAUGGUGUUCAUCCUGAGUACACUGGGUCUCUGAAGACUGCACUGUGAGACAUUAAGAUCACAACGUAAAGCGUGUCUGUCCCUGCCUGGGAUGUUAGUAUAUUUUAAUGUGCACAUCUGUGUCACAUACACAAGACAUACCAAUACUGACAAAAGGGAUAUCUCCACAAGAGCAUUCACACUCGGGCGUCUUGUGAUGUUGCUGUUCACCAGUAUCAAUGCAUUGCACCCAAAUUAGUUGAAGUUCUGAUCAGCGAACCACAAAUGAUUCCCCCACCACAUCUUCCUGCACUGUUAUGCUCCUGCCCCAAGUCCACUUCCAGCACUGUACAUCCUUCAAUUGUCCCCAUCAACCCAAGCUCUAUGAUCAGCUUCCUGAGUACUGGGCUGUGAGGGCUGGUGCUGAGUAGUGUCCAAGAAAAUCAGAACCACUCCUGUUUUUUGGAAAAUUUAAUGAAUAGCCUUGUCUCUUUUUACAAUUAAUGUUUGAACGUAAAUGGAUUCGCAAGUGUUUGAAACCACUCUCUGUGUCUGAACAUUGUGCAUGACUAAUGCAACAGUGAGCCGUUUCUCCUAACUGAAAUCUUUCCUUUCACUAUGUGUCUGGAAGGCUCCAGUCAUCCAUAACUACAAUGUGGCCACUAGUGAAAUCUUAGCGUAAGAUAACCUUUUACUGCCCAAGAUUUUAAGCAUAUAAUAAGAUACAAGCACAAAACAAGGGGGUGUUUUAUCAAUGUAACUGGACUGCUUGCCUGAUCAAUACAUUGUGCCAAAUACUGUUUCUCUCUGCCCCUCAUUGGCUUUCCUCUUUCUCUCAACAUUUUAUUCCCCUGCAUGUUGCUGUUCCUCGCCGUUCCGAUAAUUCCUCCUGUGUCCUAAUCCCUGUCUAUGCUUCUUCCUACACUGUGCUCUCCCCCUCUUUCUCCUUCCUCCUGUCUUGUCUUCUCAUGGGCGGUGUGUCGGGUGUGCUGCUGGUGGGAGUUAUGCACUAUAGGUCAUAAGGGUAAGGAAAUAUUUUCCCAGGCCGCAAGAGUUCACAAGGCUAAAUAAUGCACAGACAACACCUGCCUCCAAAGCUGUGACACCCACCAAACCAACCAGCAACAUUAGCUCAAAGUAUCAAAUUCCCACUAUAAGAACCAAUAGGAUUUAGGAAGGUUUAGACUGUGAACUAUGGCCUUUUAAGGAAAGAGAAAGUGUUUCGUUUUUUUUCCAGAAAAGGCUAAUCUUGGUUAGAUAAAUAUUCAUAUGUCGGCUGAACAAACUGAGCUCAAGCUUCAGCCUCGAAACAAAGCAGAGUAAGGACAGAAUGCAUACGAUAGCGAGUGUGAGAUGGGAACUUGUUUGUGACCUCAAGCCGAAACAAUGACAUCCUUUAUGCAUAUCCUCUUAUCUGAAAAUGACUAGAAUCCAUUUCUGUGGAAUACAACUGUCAUGUCAUAUGAUCUAUAUGUACUUUAUUGUAGCUAUUCUAGUUUGUAGUCCAAAUGCAGUCCAGCGUUGUCGAUACAAUGUGAACUAUGUUAUAUUUGUGUGGAUGAUGAGAGUGCCAACUAAGCCUGAUUAAGAUUAGCUUCGCGAUUUGUUUGUGCAUUAUGAUGACUCAUCAUCAGCUGGUGGUGUCCAUAUUUCUGUCAUUGAUGAUUUAGUUUGACAGUAAGAAAAUGUAAAGAAUAUUGGAAGCAAUAUAGUAGCAUGUUGUCCUGUUUUGUGUUUAAUGUCUGUUGUAUGAACCUUUGAAAUUACUAAGAUUUUGAAUGAAUAGGUUUACAUGUACUUUUUGUAAGUUAUGAAAAUGCUGCUAUUUGAUAAGUAAACUAUACAAAAUAUUUUAGUUGAAAAGAUGUCUGGUCUGUUGAUUAGAAACAUGCUCCAAACGGCUGGAGCAUAAAACGAGGUGUAUAGAGUACUAUACAGUAUUGGUAAGAUAGUAAAAGUAAUAAUAGACUCCAUAGUACAACCUGUGCCAAACUAGACCUCUGCAGCUUCUGAAAUUGUAGAUGUGCGAUCAAAUGUUAGAUAUCAAUAACUUGUUUAGAAGUGCUGAUCAAGUGCCAAUCAAACACUGUCUUUUAAGUUAAGAAAAGAUAAUCAAAUACAUUACUUAAGAAAACAAAGGACAAAGAACUUUUUGUGCAUUGUUUUAUCCCAUAGGUACAUAGAAUAAGAGUUAACGAUUGUGAUUUUUAUGGAUCCAUGUUGUUUUACACUCCAUGCAUCCCUUGUGUGUUUGUUUGACCUGUGGCUUAAGUACUGCUGUUUUCUCACAAAUGUCUCUAUAGGCCAGCAUGGACUAAGCAUAACAUGUUAUAAGCAUUCAUAACAUAGCCAUUAACAAUCAAAAAUGUGUUUGUGGAGUUAGGUGUUAUCUUUUUGCACGUCUUCUAUUGCAUGGUAUCAAAGUAAAUUAUGGAGGAAAAAAAUUACAAACAUUUGCGAGGUGUCUCUCGCAACAUUCAGAGACAUAACACUGCAUGAAGUCAAUGUAAAGCACUUAAGUUUUACUCGCCUCAUGUUAAAAAAAAGAAAAAAAAGUUGUUUUUUAUGUUGUGAGUUGGGAGGGAGCUCAUUAUUGUCAUGUUGGCCCGAAAAAAAGAAAAAAAAGACACAGAAACACACACACAGACACACACACAUCUCAGAUCAAGUUCUCAUCAGUCCAUCUCUCUACAGAUCAUCAGAGAAGAUAUUUUCAUUUUUAGGUACAGUGAGGAGUGUUUAAAAUGUGAAACAAGCAAACGUGAAAAUGUUAUUCAGUGCAUUGGCUCCUUGUGUUCUUUUUUUUUUUUUAAGAUAUCAGACAUGCAUUUGUUUUAUAAACAGGUUGAAACUCAUAUCACCUGUCCAAUGACGUUUUUUAGAUAUAUAUUUUUUUCUGUCACAGCUUGAAAGCCCAGAUCUAAUCUAUGAAUGUACUCAUUCACUCUUAUUUUUUCUUUUUUCUGUCAAAAGUUAUUGGUCUUCAAUGUUAAAUUCAGGGCAGGAAUGUCAAAUACAUGUAGAGUUAAUAUCUAUGUCAAUAACAGAUUUCAGCUAUAGUCAGGUAGGCCCUCACACGGCCAUAGUCAUGAACCAGACAUGUUUUAACACAACUUCCGAUUCGCUGUCAACAUUAUCUUGUUUGUUUGGUGUUGCAUAGAUGCACUUUACUGAUCAGUGGUCAAAUUGGCUGUGAAAUGAAUGCCAUUAUUUACUGUUACACUAAUAUUACUUUUAUUUAUUUAUUCCCUAAUCCCGUUGGGUCUCAAGAAUGAUGGAAAGGGCUGGAGUCUCAGACAAAAUAGAAAAGUUGCACCUGUUCUCCUUCACAUUCCCUUCAGCUGAGGUUUGUGUCAAUCACUGAGUGCUGUAUUUUGAGCUAACAGGUGAAACCAUGAGUGAUGUGUAUGCCUUUGUCCUUUUUUGCAUUGUCCUUUGCUUUCAAUUAUAAAAAAAAAAAAAACAUAAGAAAAUGGUUAAAAUUCUUCCAGCAAAUUGGGAUGGAAGCACUGGGUUGGAGGUACUGAGGGAUGCAAGCUCAAGGUCUGGUUCACAUGAGCCGUCAGAUCUGAGAAACAUAAUUGGCACCAGCAAAAUGAAGAUGGCCUCUGCCACCUCAGCGUGAUGAGAAUCACGGAGGAAAGCUACUAGACUUUGAAAGACCUAGGAAAUCGAAUGAUAUUUAUGUCUCAUUAUUUUAUGUUACUACCCCUUGUUGUUGCAUUUACAUGCUUCGUAUCUGAAUGCCAAACGAACUACAACAUCAUUCCAAAAGUUGUCACAUUCGUUUUUGUUUUUCUCUCCAAAUGUAUUCUGGACGUUCAUCCACCGUGACCCCAAUGGAGCCCUGUCACAAGAAGGCGACGACUCACUACAAACUGGCUGAGGCUGCUCGCUCCUCUCUUAAAACCUCUUCUACCUGAGUGUCACUCUCUCAGUUUCAUUACAAUGAGCAUCCGCGACUGUGUCCACCAUUGAAAUGGAUCAAGGUAUUUUCUGAGCUCUUUCGUCUGAGGAUUCUUGCCGACCAGACAUGAGGCCGUUUUUGUCUUUGACCCUCUGAACCUCCCGUGAACAUAGUUGACCUUCUCCAUCCCCGAGAACUCAUGUAUGUGUUGGAUUUCACGCCACUUUUACUGUCAAAGUCUGUGAGGCUGUUCUUUUGUUUUCUAGUUACGUGGACAAUUGUGCAGGGCUGAACGCUUGCUUAAGUGUAAACUGAAGAAAGCAUGCCAGUACCUUGCAAACAUUUUUAUGUCAUUGUCAAUCUUCUGUACCUUGUUUAACCUCUGUUCUGUCCAUCUCAGAAAACAAUGGACUGACAGCAUACGAUCAUAUAUUCCAACCUGGGCAAAGUGAUGUUUUGUUGAUUGGGUACAUCUCUCUUGGAUAUUAAUGACGGUGGUCCGUUUGUUACGAGGACAAAGUCCACAGUGUUAACUACUAAAAAAGGGCUUUCCAGGACAGCAUUUGUAUGUCUUUUAAAACGAAAGUGUCCUCUGAAUAUGUUGGGAAAUGAGAGGGAAAUGCCUUCUUGUGCCAUUUGAGCAAAAAAGGGUGAAAGCUUUUUAAUGGCAAAUAUUUGUCAGUAAGAGUGCCAAAUAAUCCCAUACUGAGCCAAAAGGCAGCCAGCCUACAUAACUAAGUGUUAGAUCACAGGAAUCUCCGCUCCCCUUGAAAAACAUCGCCCUAAUUGUACGACGUUUGAGCUCACGCACCAUUAUUGUUAUGCUGCCAGUCUGUUUUCUGCUUUUGUCAGAGAAACAUCUCAGAAGCAGUAUAUUUUCUAAAUGAUACACUGUUGAUAAAAAAAGACAGCAGCUACUAUGGCGAGGGAAUGAGAGGAUUUUAAACGUGUCAUUGUUUUUUAUUAUUAGUUUAUUUGAGCAUUAUUCAUGAAUAGAUUUAACGGUAAUGACUAUUUAAUGUAACUGUAGUACUGUGUUUGUAAAAGAAAUUCGGUGAGUUGUGUUUUAUGACUCGUGGACUACCAGUGAAGUCAGCAUUUCAGUGUUAAUAAUUGAAUUGUUUUUUAAAGAUUAUUUUUGCGACGGCAACAAAGAGUCAUUAUAAAUGUUCAUUUUAACAUCA